GUAGUUGAUGUUCAUUUAGCGCAACACCACUAUGUUUCCGGCCUCUGUCGUGUCCACCUUAGGAGGAGGAUGACGAAAGGAACGUCGUCAUUUGGAAAGCGUCGCAACAAGACGCACACUCUGUGCCGCCGCUGUGGCUCUAAGGCUUACCACCUUCAGAAGUCCACCUGUGGCAAGUGUGGAUACCCCGCCAAGCGCAAGAGAAAGUACAACUGGAGCGCUAAGGCUAAGAGGCGCAGCACCACUGGGACAGGUCGCAUGAGGCACCUGAAGGUUGUGUACCGCAGAUUCAGAAACGGAUUCCGGGAAGGAACAACCCCCAAGCCAAAACGUGCAGCUGUAGCUGCCUCUGGGUCAUCUUAGGCAUUUAAAAUAAAUGUGCUGUUAAAAUUGUCA